CUUUCUUUGUUGCACAUUUCAGCGCAGAAAAAGCAGAAGAGGACCAAGAAGGAUACAUUGCACGUACAGCAUCCAUGUGUCGAUAAAAAAGGAAUAUGAGCGCUUGCUUUCAUCUUUAAAACAACAAGAAGAUGAUGCAGCAUCCUGUGGACAUGGGCUCUCUUUACCUUCAUCCCUGCAGGACGCAUCGCUACAGGAGUUUCAUGAUGGAGGAGAUCCUCACAGAUCACCAGGAGCACAAAGUUUCUGCUCCCACCGGAGAACUCCUCAAGUUCGGAGUCAACGCGCUCUUGUCCACGACAGCCUUCCACAGCCACAUGGUGUUGAAGGCGGACCAGACGAACCUCGUCAAGUUCUCCAUGUCUCCUCUCGGUCCUCCGCUCCUGUCCGCAUCUCCGAACCUCCACGCCGGCGCGCCGUCACACCACCUGCCGCUGGACCUGCACCUCUUGCGGGCGAAAGUGGACCAGGGACCCGACGGAAGCAGCAAAAGCAAGAAAGGCCGCCGCAGCAGAACCGUCUUCACCGAACUCCAACUUAUGGGUCUGGAAAAACGCUUCGAGAAGCAGAAAUACCUUUCUACUCCGGACAGAAUAGACCUUGCAGAGUGUUUGGGUCUGAGUCAGCUCCAAGUGAAAACGUGGUACCAGAACAGGAGGAUGAAGUGGAAGAAAAUGGUGCUGCAGGGAGGAGGUCUGGAAUCUCCAACUAAACCCAAAGGCCGUCCAAAGAAGAAUUCUAUUCCGAGCAGUGAGCAUCUGUGUGAGCAGGAAAGAUGUGCUUCUAGCACCACAGAAGGUCCAAGUGAAGCCUCCAGCAGCUCCCACUCAGAGAACACUCAGCUGGAAUGACGUCCGAUACGUCACGUUUUAAAUGAACAGUGGUCCUAGAAGGAGACAUGUACUGUAUGGGAUGCAUAUUUGUAUAUUUCACACCUCCUGACUCAGCAAGUCUUUGAGGAGGACACGCAAACAUUUGCAGGAGGUCCAUCCUUACACAGGAUGUCCAUUAAGCCUGGACCCAUACACACUUAAACACUUAUUUCAAUCAAUAAUUCAUUUAUGUAUAAUUUAAUAAUUGUAUAAUAUAUGUAUUUUGUGUCCAGACUUUGGGAACACAUGUACUUUCAUCUC